ACCGCUUCGUAAACCCAAUCGUAGAAAUUCUGAACGAUGCUGUUACACGUAAGAACACGUUUUUAUCCUUAAAAUUUUUUCCUUUCCACCGUUUCCGUGUAAAAAUUUUGUUGAAUCAUCGUCGAUGUCGCAGUUAAAAAAAAGUAUGAUAGGCGAUCGUGCUAAACGUGCUACAUCAUUAACGCGAUAUACAAAACGCUUGUGCAGUCUCUCUGCAGCCAGUUUUGCACGUUUCGUGCGCGAGUGAAAAAUAAUAGCGUUCCGCCGCGGUGUACGCAUACGCGGGGCAAAGAAAAAAGGAAAGGAAUGAACGAGUUUAAAUGACGGGUAAUUAAAAAACGGAACGUAAAAUCAGGCGGGGUUACAGCUCAUUAGUUUUCAGCGGCGGAGAACGAUGACAGAGGCCGCGAAAAUGCCGGUUGAAUGCCGGAUAUAGCAGACGCGUUAUGUCAUCGGGCGCACACCGCCGCGUGUACGUGUCCCGCGGCGGCGUUAAUUGGCUCCGUGAUGAAUAUUACAAAAUACCGGCGGCUGAAAGGAGAGUCACCGCUUUAAUUACGACAUAAUGCGUGUCGGUCGAGCUUCUCUCGCGUGAAACACCGACACGCGUCCUUCUCGCUCGUGUUGCACGACUACCGGCAAUACCUUUCAACCGCUUUCGUCAAAUCGCUUAAUAUGGAAGUCGUUCAAGAAAGUUUCCUUCUAGCGAGAUACGUUCAGAAAGGACGAGAUGCUAUCGAAUUGUUUCAAGGAUCGCGCGAAAAUGGCUUUUGACUAUGCCGAUACGGAGAAAAAGGGAUAUUUGGACAAACGAGAAUAUAAGAUAGCCAUGACAGCUGUUUUUGGAAGCCGUCCGGAAAAAACGGAAGUGAAACAAGUGUUUCAAUCUACCGAUAAAAUCUCAUUCGAGGAGUUUAAAUUAUGCGUGUCCAAGAAAAGUAAUGGAAAUGAACCGCACGUUAAUGCGGAAAUAUUAUUCACUUUAUUGGAUAAGGAUUAUAAAGGAUAUUUAGUAUUGGACGAUUUUUAUUCUGCAAGCAAACGUGUGGAUUUGAAAGUGUCAUUGACAGUGUGGCAAACGAUAUUCAAGGAAUUAGAUCGUUAUAAAAAAGGAUAUAUCGAUUUCGACGAAUUUUUACGUAUAUUACCUACUACAAUAACUUACAAUGAGAUUAAGAUACAGUUCUCAUAGGAUCGUAUGAAAAUAAUUAUAAUUUAUAAGAGAAAAUGCAGAUUUCUUAUUCGUAAUACGCGUUUCAUUAUAUAUACAGUAAAAAUAAUUAAUACUAUGAUAUAUUAUAAAACUAUACA